GUCAUCAUGACGACGCCCCCUAAACGGCGGGCGGUAGAGGCCACGGGUGAGAACGUGCUGCGUUAUGAGGCCUUCAUCAGCGACGUGCUUCAGCGGGACCUGAGAAAGGUGCUGGACCAUCGCAACAAGGUAUAUGAGCAGCUGGCCAAAUAUCUUCAAUUAAGAAACGUCAUUGAGCGAGUCCAGGAAACUAAGCACUCAGAGUUAUACAUGCAGGUGGAUUUGGGCUGUAACUUCUUCGUUGACACAGUGGUCCCAGACACUUCACGGAUCUACGUGGCCCUUGGAUAUGGUUUUUUCCUGGAGUUGACACUGGCAGAAGCUCUCAAGUUUAUGGAUCGUAAGAGCUGUCUUCUCACAGAGCUUUAA